AUGGUUUCUGUAGCAAGCACGCCAUGCUGGGACAGGACUCUGCCAAAUGAGCCAUUUUUUACCAGGCUGCUGGCCCUUACGCAGCUGGGAGACGGGCAUAUUGCCAUCAACGACCCUUACUCUGCUACCAAGGCGAGCUACUCCCGCCUCUUGAACGAUGUUUUGGCUACCCGAGACGCCAUCAGGAAUACGGCACCCCCUGGGCUGCUUGACCAGCGGGGGAUGGUUUAUGAACAGAAACCAUACAUUCUUCUCCUCGCGCCCUGCGGGUAUCACUACUUUGUCGGUUUCUUCGCCAUCCUAGCGCUUGGAGGAGCUGUGGUGCCGCUGUCACUAAGUGUGUCUGUUGACGAGGCUGCACGGUUCAUGGAGAAGUCAGGGGCCUCCUCUCUCGUCUUUGCUGCGGAAACAGAGCCCAGAGCAGCGGAGAUCCAGGCCCGGCUGGCAGACCAGCAGUCGACAGCCUUAGAUCUGGUUCCAAUAUCGUUUGCUGCUGCUGCUGCUGAUGAUGAUGAUGGGCGUUCCCACUCUACCAGCUUGCCUGGGGUUACUGUGAUGAUUGAUAAAGGUCCUGUUCUUGAUCCUACUCGCCCCGGCCUGGUCCUAGCCACGUCUGGCAGUACGGGACCACCCAAGGGAGUCGUCCUCUCCCGGGACUUCCUAAAUAUCCCUAUGCAAGAUGGUGGCCCUGAUCAUGCCUUCAUCACCAUGAUCACGGCCAUGAACUGGAUCGGUGGUGUCUGGCCCCCGACAAAACUGUUGCUGAAUGGUACUAGGAUCGAAAUCUUCGAUUGCCGGCCUAACACGUCCGAAGCAGUAUGGGAGCGGCUCCGACAGGGCGGCGUCACGCUGAUGAUGGCCCAUGCAACUGUUUGGACGAAUCUGAUGAAGUACUAUGAUGAUAAGCUGGGCUGCUUGCCGGCUCCCGACCGCGAAGCCUACCUCCAUGGCGUCGGACAGAUCAAGACUGCCAUGUCUGGUGCGGUGCCUAUAUUCCCUCCGGUACUCAACUUCUGGAGGAAGCUCCUUGGCCAGCCGCUCAUGAACCUCUACUCCGCCGCCGAGAUGGGAGGCUGUGGGCUUCGUACUUCCCAAGACGAUGAAAGGGAUGUUGAGCGGUCCGUCGGAACCCCUUAUGGCCAGCUCGAGGUAAAGCUAUCUGAGGGCGACUAUGGGGAGAUCCUUAUUAAGGGCCCAACGGUGUUUUCCCACUACCUUGAUGAUGCCAAAGCAACAAAGGCCGCCUUUGACCAGGAUGGCUUCUACAAGACUGGGGAUAUUAUCAAACAUCAUGCAUACAAGGUGCCUAUCCCGGAACUGGAGAUGCAGCUCCUAAAAUUACCCUACGUUGAUGAGAUUUAUGCCGUACCUGUCCCGGAUCCGACGGUAGGUGAGCACAUUGCGGUCCUUGUGCGUCUAAAGUCGGGGGCCCAAGGAACCGCUCUGUCUCUUCAAAAGCUACGUGAGGACUUGCUAUCUGUCUCUACUUUGCCUGCAGGCUAUCUACCCACGAUGUUUCGCAUCUUAGCCCGGGGAGAAGACAUUCCUCGAUCCUACGCUGGUAAACCAUUACGCAGACAGAUUGUGACGGACUUUUUCCUGGGUCCAGACGGGGAUGUGGAAAGAGAGAAUCCCGCAAUCGGGGUGUGGGAGUCCAAGGGGAUGCCUUUGGCCCGAGACUUUGACCAGGGCAGCGAUAGGAGAGCGGUAGCGUAG